UAGCCGCCUGACAGGCAGUUACCGAGAUAGGCCGAGAGAGGCAGACAUGCGACUCACGUCUCUCUUGCGGGCGCCGCUCCGAGGCUGGCGGGAGCGGUUCGACUACGGCGGCCGGGAUGUGGCACACUGGUUCCCCGGGCACAUGGCGAGAGGCACGUUGGGCCGGUGACCACUCGGGUGGGGAGCGGGGGGGGGUAGCGCGCAGGCCGGACUUCCGGUAGAAACCAGGGCCGUGGCCUCUCUAGGCCGAGGCGUCUCUGUGGCGUGGCCUCUCUAGGCCGAGGCGUCUCUGUGUCUUGGCUCAAGCCCUUCUGAGCCAGGAGGGCUUGUUUGCUUGAAUAUUUGUUUAGUCGUUUAGUCGCGUCCGACUCUUUGUGACCCCCUGGACCAGAGCACGCCAGGCCCUCCUGUCUUCCACUGCCUCCCGCAGUUUGGUCAAACUCAUGCUGGUAGCUUCGAGAACACUGUCCAACCAUCUCGUCCUCUGUCGUCCCCUUCUCCUUCUGCCCUCCAUCUUUCCCAACAUCAGGGUCUUUUCCAGGGAGUCUUCUCUUCUCAUGAGGUGGCCAAAGUACUGGAGCCUCAGCUUCAGGAUCUGUCCUUCCAGUGAGCACUCAGGGCUGAUUUCCUUCAGAAUGGAGAGGUUUGAUCUUCUUGCAGUCCAUGGGACUCUCAAGAGUCUCCUCCAGCACCAUAAUUCAAAAGCAUCAAUUCUUUGGUGAUCAGCCUUCUUUAUGGUCCAACUCUCACUUCCAUACAUCACUACUGGGAAAAUCAUAGCUUUAACUAUACGGACCUUUGUCGGCAAGGUGAUGUCUCUGCUUUUUAAGAUGCUGUCUAGGUUGGUCAUUGCUUUCCUCCCAAGAAGCGGGAGUCUUUUAAUUUCGCGGCUGCUGUCACCAUCUGCAGUGAUCAUGGAGCCCAAGAAAGUCAAAUCUCUCACUGCCUCCAUUUCUUCCCCUUCUAUUUGCCAGGAGGUGAUGGGACCAGUGGCCAUGAGCUUCGUUUUUUUGAUGUUGAGCUUCAGACCAUAUUUUGCGCUCUCCUCUUUCACCCUCAUUAAAAGGUUCUUUAAUUCCUCCUCACUUUCUGCCAUCGAUGUUGUGUCAUCUGCAUAUCUGAGAUUGUUGAUAUUUCUUCCGGCAAUCUUAAUUCCGGCUAGGGAUUCAUCCAGCCCAGCCUUUCGCAUGAUGAAUUCUGCAUAUAAGUUAAAUAAGCAGGGAGACAUUUGUUUGUUUAUUUGGUUAAAAAAGCAAAACCCUCUUUUCCUGCUAUAAAAGCUCCCAGGCUGGCUUACAUGAAAUCAGAACAAGACACUCCCAGACUGCAGGCUUAAAAUCUAAAAUCACAUGCGCACGUGCACAGCACACAAGGAAAAAAGGGAGGAGGAGGGAAGAGGAAAAUCAAAAUCCACUGACAGCUGUUCCUUCGUGGACAAAGUUCAGGAGCAGGAGGUGCCUGGUGGAGCUGGGCCCUCCAGAGAAGUUGAUGGAGUGAGCCUCCUGCUUAUUGUCUCCCCCAGUUUUGUUUUUGACUCCCAGGGAGUCUGAUGGAACAGUUGCCCCCAGGGUGAUAGCCGAAGGGGAGAGGAGGUGGCGUGGCCUGUGACAACAGAGCUGAUGGGGUGAGCUCUGCUCUCCUGCUGCUGGAAUGGUACUUGUCCCUGCACAUCUUCUUGCCUUCACAUUUUUAUUAAUUUUGAAGAAUUGGGAUAUAAGCAUAACAUUAUCCAAACAGUUGGUUCCACCCCUCUCCUAGAACUAUAUGCAUAGUUGGUGGGCAUGAGUCAUCAGAGUGUUCAUUUGGAUAUGUCUUAUAUUAGCAAAAUCGUCCAUAUCAGUUGUAUCGUUCGGGGGCGUGACAUAGCUGUCAACUUUCAGAUUUGAAAAUAAGGGGUCAGCAGCCUCAAUAAUAAUAAUAAUAAUUUUUUAUUUAUACCCUGCCCUCCCCAGCCAAGGCUGGGCUCAGAGAGGCUUACAAGCAAUAAUAAAAACAAGUUGGAUGAUUACAACUUAAAAACAAAAUUAAAAUAAGGGAUCAGCAACCUCACCUGUCCCAGGGACGGUCUACGGGAUAUCUAACAAUCCGGAAUAACAGCAGGAAACGGGAAUUUCCCGCAAAAAAGGGAAGGUUGACAGCUAUGGGGUGUGAUCUCUUAGCUUCUCAGUUAAAGCAAUUGUCCAUUAUAUGAUAUGUACAUGAUCAAGUUUUCCCCAUUUUUUAAUUUGCUGUGAGCAGUUGUGCCGUUACCAAAAGAAAAGUGAUAAGUUCCUUGUGCAAUAAUUUAAUCUGAAUAUCUUUUUAAAUUGUUAAGAAACCUUGGAAUGGGUUGUAUUGUACACCCUGACUUGUAAUUUUGCUUAUUUCUGCAAAUACCCUUUGCCAAAACAGUUGCACUAAUUCACAUGUCCACUGCAUAUGAAAAAUCAUGCCGAUUACCUUCCACCCUCUCCAGCAUGCUGCAGAGGAUGUUUUGUCUAUAUAUCUGAGUAUUAAAGGUAAAGGGACCCCUGACCAUUAGGUCCAGUCGUGACCGACUCUGGGGUUGCGCGCUCAUCUCGCUCUAUAGGCUGAGGGAGCCGGCGUUUGUCCACAGACAGCUUCCGGGUCAUGUGGCCAGCAUGACUAAGCAGCUUCUGGCGAACCAGAGCAGCACACGGAAACGCCGUUUACCUUCCCGCUGGAGCGGUUCCUAUUUAUCUACUUGCACUUUGACGUGCUUUCGAGCUGCUAGGUUGGCAGGAGCAGGGACUGAACAACGGGAGCUCACCCCGUCACGGGGAUUCGAACCGCCGACCUUCUGAUCGGCAAGCCCUAGGCUCUGUGGUUUAACCCACAGCGCCACCUGCGUCCCAUAGCUGAGUAUUACGGGUGUUAAAUUCUAUCUAUAUAUUAGCUUAAAAGGAUUUACUCAAAUACUGGUUGAUAUUGAUUUUAGUGGGGGGGGGUGUCCAUAGACUAUUCCAAUCUGCCUCUUCAAAUUUGAUACCAAAGUCCUUUUCCCAAUUUUGUUUAAUACUUUGGUGGUUUUUUUGUAGGGCUGAAGGAUAUGCAGAAACGUCUGCGAGUGGUCGACUGUUUACUGGAGGUUCACGAUGCCCGCAUAUCCUUUUGUGGGGAUCAGCAUGCGCACAAGCUACACCCUUUAAAACACAUCCUUUCCCUUAGAAAGAAUUCCUGGGCACUUCAGUUUUACCCCCUCACAGAGUUAAAAAUCUUCAUGCAGCUUCACUGUCUGCUGGUUUAUUUCCAUUUAUAAUAGUAAUAAUAAUAAUAAUAAUUUAUUUAUUUAUUUAUUUAUUUAUUUAUUUAUUUAUUUAUUUUAAUUUCCCCAGCCACUCUGGGUGGCUUUCAACAGAACAUUAAAACUCGUAGUACAGACGACACCUAUAUCAGACACCUCUUAGCUGACAAAGACCCCGAAAUCAGCAGGCCUGUGGCGAAGUACUGUUGCAUUGCAACAAGAAUAAAACGAGCAAUGAUGACAGCAACGGAGCUCAAAUUGCAAACAUCGAAGGAACGAUAAUAAACAGUAGUGACAUUUGAAUUGAAUCCUUAAAACCUUAAAAGCCGAAACCUGGCCAUAAACAUAAGUACCAAUUUUGUGAUUUGGCCAUAUCUCCAUUGUUAUCUGUAGUACAAUAGUACUUAUAUUGCCAUAUUUUAUUUUAUAAAUUGCUUGCUGGUCAUUGACCGUAUUAAAGAUAUUUGAUUUUGAACAUUAAAAACAGAAUAAAACUUCAAACAUUAAAAACUUUCCUAAACAGGGCUACCUUCAGAUGUCUUCUGAAAAUCGGAUAGUUGUUUAUUUCCUUGAUAUCUGAUGGGAAGGCAUUUCAUCUGGCUGGUUACCACCAUCAUCAUCAUUAUUAUUGUUAUUAUUAUUAUUAUUUUUCCACCCCCACCACCGCCAUUUCCCCUGAGAACAACUCAUGGCGACUUACAGAUAAACAUAAGAAAAGCUAAGAACGUAGGAAAAUAAUAAUAAAAAACAAUUAAACAUUUAUAGAAUUAAAGCUAUAGGUAGAUGGAUAGACGUUUAUAUAUAAAUGAAACCAUACAAGUAUGUAAUUGCAGUAAAAACAGCACUGCAGCAGCCUUUUCAUUAAAAGCAGGCAGUUCCCAAAAGUCUGUUGGAACAUCUUCAUCUUUUAAAAUUAAUGGAAUAUGCAAAAAUGGCGAAACUCACCAGAAGAAUAAGAAAUCAAGAAGAGAGACUUUUUAAAACAGAAUGGGGGGGAAUUAUUGAUUAUUUGAGGACAUAUUGUAAACAAUAUGAUUUAUAUAAACAUGGGCAGUAAGAGAUAACUAAGGAAAGGAUAAGGGGGAAAUGUAUAAAUAUAUUUGAAUUGUAUAUGCAGUAAUAAAAGGAUAUGAAAUAAGUAACUGCAGAAGGGAGAGGGGAGGGAGGUCAAGCAGAAGGUAAGUUAGAUUUUUAAAGAUUUUUGUUUUUCUAAAUGUAUACUGCUGCUGCUUUUCUCAUCUGUUUUUGGCACCUUAGCACAUGCACAUCCCACUCUCAGGCCGGAACCCUCAGUUGCAGGAAGCCUUAGGUAUCCGCCCACACUUAUUAUUGUUGAACAAAAUGGAUCUGGCAGACCUAACCCACAAACAGGUAAGACCCAAGUAGGUCCUUUCUGCAUUUGUCACUUUGACAAGCCCACAAACAAAUUCACAGGCUGAGAAACAGCAGCAUGAGUUUUCCAACUGGGCACCUUGGAACUUAUCUUUAAUGUAAAUUGUCUUGGGAUUUCUUCUGAAUCAUGAGGCAAGACAGAAAUAAAAUUCGUAUUUUCUCUGGCCCUUCUUGCUGUCUCAUGCUGACUGAGGUUCAGCAAGUGAGGACUGGAGAAAAGGCUUUCUCCAUCAGAGAGCCCGGUCUAUGAAAUCACCUCCCCAGGCAAUUGCAGUUGCAUUGAAAGAAGACUUAAAACUGAUUUAUUCCAUUGGACAUUUUCUAGCUAAAGGUACAUUUCAAAGUUCUUUUUUGACAUGGGUUCUCCCCCUUUCUUUUUCUGUCUCUGCUGUAUUGUUUUAUACUGUUCCUUCACUGGAUUUUAAAUUGUUCUGUUCUUUUGAGCUAAUUCAAGUUGUCAGCUGCCUUGUAUCUACUUUGUGAAUAAAGGCGAGAUACACGUUCUUUAUAAAUAAACAGUAUAAAUAACUCUCAUCUUCUUCACGCUCCCCGAUUUCAUAAAUCUCUUCUUUAUAUGUUUAUAGAGGAUUCUAGAAUGUUUGGAACAGCAAGGUUUUAGGAACGUCCUCUUCACGGAUUGCCUGAAAGAUGAAAAUAUCCAAAAGGUACUACUUUGCUGUCAGAGCAAAGUUAUAUUCUGGUAAGGUAGGUUAGGAGUGGAAAUUUUCGAUCCUAAAAUCUUGCUUGUUAGCGGCUGAAAUGGUGAGACCCUGUCUCUUAGCAGAUUUAUUAAACUUGAGGGAUUGAAAAAAAGAGAGAGACACGGACCAGUAGUCCUGUUGAUCUCCCUCAUUUAGGGGCCAAGAGUAGCCCAACAGUAGUUCCACUGAAACUGCUCUUUUAUUUCUUUGCAGAUUAUUCCCCAUGUCACAGAACUGAUCAGCAACAGUCCGCGGUACCAGAGGGAUGAGGUCAGUUAUAUUGUAUGUAGUCAGUGCUUUCUUUCCUUGAAGAAAAGUGGCCGGCACUGCGUACCGUUGAUAUUAUCAUGAGGGGAUUCCACCCUUGAAUACAGAAUAUUUAACAUGGCAUUUUAAAAAUGCAAUUUAUAUUCUGGAGCAUGCAAGGGGUGGGGAGAUACUAGCAAUUAUUUGCUGAAUGAUUUCCAAUUAGUGAAGCCUCUCGAUUGAAUCCUGAGCAUGAAAUCCUGAGCUUGCCCUCCUACCGCCUUUCGAUAUUAUUUGGUAGAGUUCUGGGAACAGUUACAGCCUCUGCCCAGAAAACUAUCCUCCUUCCUGCAUUCGCCCCCCCACUUUCUCCUCCCCCUUUCUUUCCUCCUUUCCCCCUCCUACCUGAGAAAUCACAGGAGGAAUUGCUGCUUCUCUCCACCACUGGAGGAGGCAGCCUCAGGUAUUCCUUCUCUGCAGCACUGGGAAGCUUUUCCGGGGGAAGUGAUGGAAACUGUAACAGGACCCCCCGCCUUCAUCCCCACAGGCAGCCACCACUGUCCGCAUCUGUGCAGCGUUACACAUUUUUAACCCCCCCCCCAACAAGUACAGUGGUACCUAGGGUUACAUACGCUUCAGGUUACAUAUGCUUCAGGUUACAUAUGCUUCAGGUUACAGACUCCGCUAACCCAGAAAUACUGCUUCAGGUUAAGAACUUUGCUUCAGGUUGAGAACAGAAAUCGUGCUCCAGCGGCGCGGCGGCAGCAGGAGGCCCCAUUAGCUAAAGCGGUGCUUCAGGUUAAGAACAGUUUCAGGUUAAGAACUAACCUCUGGAACAAAUUAAGUACUUAACCCGAGGUACCACCGUAGCCUGGUGACAGUGGUUCCAUUUCUGCAAGCACAAGAUAAGGACAGGAGAUUAACAUCUGCAAUCAGCUGCUGUGGGGCAUGAAGAUGGGGUGGGGGAUAGGGAGUGGGGCGGCUGAGCUAUUUGCCCUUUAUUUCUGUGGAUGGAUAUACUUAUGUUGUUGGCUAUUUUUGCAAGGCUACAAACCGCUUCUGGCCUUUCUGCUUGGUUCCAGAACGUGGAGAACUGCAUCAUGGUCAUUGGUGUGCCAAAUGUGGGGAAAUCAUCAGUUAUCAAUUCGCUGAGAAGGGUGCACCUCAGAAAAGGUAUGUUUUUGGUCCCCCCCCCCCCCAAUAUUUUUAUUAGUUUUUUCACAAACAUAAAUAAAACUUAAUCUUUUACAAUCGUCAUUUUAUGUCAUCUUAUUUACACUGCGUAAGUUCACGCCCGGACUUCCUUCCUUCCCUGCUUCGGUUUUCUUAGUUUAUAUCUUCUCUUGCAGAUUCUUAUUUGCCUUCUAUACACAUCACAGGAUUUAUGUUAACCCUGCUACAGUUUUUAGACUUCUACAGUUAAUUCUUAUAUAUGCAACAAAUUUACUCCACUCUUCUUCAAACUUUGUCCCUUUUUGGUCUCAAAUUUUAUAAGUUAUUUUAACUAAUUCUGUAUAUUCAGAGAGUUUGGUCUGCUACUCCAGCACCGUUGGGGUCUCCUGUAAUUCCCACUUUUGAGCCAUGAGGAUCCUAGCUGUAGCCGUAGCAUAUUGAAAUAGUUUACGAUCCUCCUUUUUCACCUCCUCCCCUAUUAUCCCUAAUAGAAAAGCCUCCAGUUUUUUAGGAAAUGUAUACUUAAAAAGUUUCUUCAGUUCAUUAUUUAUUAGAUCCCAAAACUUUUUCAUCUUAUCACACGCCCACCACAUGUGGUAGAGAUCCCCAUCCUUUAGUUUACAUUUCCAACAGGCUUUAUUGCUCAAUUUAUACAUUUUUGCCAAUUUAACCGGGGUGAUAUACCACCGGUACAUCUUUUUUAGUCAAUUUUCUCUUAAGGUGGAGCACGCUGUAAACUUCAUACCUUCGUUCCAUAAUCUUACCCAUUUAUCGUAUUCAGUAUUGUAACCGAAGUCAACCGCCCACUUUAUCAUGACUUCUUUUGUUAACUCAUCCUUAGGGUAUGUUUUGCUCCUUUGGAUCGGACCAACAGCGCUGGUACAUAUGAGCAGAUUCCAUGGCAAGAGUUAUGGUCCAAAAGGCCUAGGGACCUAUUCUGUUGACAGCUAAUCUGUAUGUUGCGUGUAACUGCUGAUCUCUCCCAAUCCCCUUUCUUUCUCUCUCCCCUCUGCCCAACCCAAAGGGAAAGCCUCCAUGGUUGGUGGGACACCAGGCAUUACCAGAGCAGUUCUCACCAGAAUCCAGGUAAUGCGACGGGCCUUGCACAAAUUGGGAAGUGGCUAGGGGGCUGCAGUGCAAGACUCCUUUUCUGGGUAUAUGAAAGUGAAGGAUGUAUCACAGAUGAAUAUUCCGUCAGUGAUAAAUGGCAGUCCUUGGGUAGUGUUGCCAUGAAUAUGUAGCCUCCCAAAGUGGCAGGGAAAACUUCUGUGCUCACAGAAGCCGGACCUGCAAAAUGUGCAGAGGUGGGUUCUAUGUCUGGUUAGAUUUGUUUCGGAUGUAAACAUACAAGUCAACAGAGAGCGCCUGUGUUACAUCUUCCUAUUUGUAUGAAUUGGGAAUGCUUGAGGCAGCUGGUGAUAAUAAUUUAAAAUUUUUAGUAGAAAAGCAGCGUGUCAUUUUUGUGUACAGUGGUACCUCAGGUUACAUACACUUCAGGUUACAUACGCUUCAGGUUACAGACUCCGCUAACCCAGAAUUAAUACCUCAGGUUAAGAACUUUGCUUCAGGAUGAGAACAGAAAUCGUGCUCCGGCGGCGCAGUGGCAGCAGGAGGCCCCAUUAGCUAGAGUGAUGCUUCAGGUUAAGCACAGUUUCAGGUUAAGAACGGACCUCUGGAACGAAUUAAGUACUUAACCCGAGGUACCACUGUACGGGUCAGCGGGUCAGAUUAGUGCCAGGGAGACCCAGAUUCAAAUCUCCACUUGGCCAUGAGAUUUACUGAGCUGGCCCCUGGGCAAGUUGCUAUCUUUCAGCAUAACUUAUCUCACCGGAUGUUGGGAGGAUAGAAUGGAGCUGGGUGCGAGUUGACUCAGGUACACUGCCCUGAGCUUCUUAGAAGGAAAGCUGAGACAUAAAAUCAGCAGUAAAUAAUAAACUUCCUAAAAAUACAAAACAGCAGCAGAAAAAAAUUACACACCAAUAGGUUUUUUAAAGCAAUUAUAUAAUUCAGCUUCCAGAAAAUCGUCAGGAGUCAGAAACCUUUCAACACCCUAAGAAGACAAAGCCCAAACUACCGUAUUUUUUGCCCUAUAGGUUAAAUGUGUGUGCAUCCUAUGGGGCGAAGGCAGGCUUUCGCUGAAGCCUGGAGAGCGAGAGGGGUCAGUGAGCACCGACCCCUCUCGCUCUCCAGGCUUCAGAAGCUAUCCGGGCUACCCAGUCUUGUGGAUAGCAGCCUGUAUCCCAAGCCUGGGGCGCGCUGAGCAGCGUGCCCCGGGCUUCGGGCAGAUAUCCGCAAGCCUUGGGAGCCCGGCGGAAACUCAGCCUGUUCUGGGGGCUGGGGUUGGGGGGAAGCUCGGGCUUCCCCCGCCCCAGCCCUGCGCCAGGGGGGGGGGGGGGAUAAUUAUUUUUCUUUAUUCCCCCCCCCAAAAAAAAAAAAAUUAGGUGCGCCUUAUGGGCCGGUGCACCCUAUAGGGCGAAAAAUACAGUAUAUAGAAAAUUUAAAUUAGCAAAUGCUGGGAUGAACAGGACAGACUUUCUCUGGCAGUUGUAGUUGGCAUCUGUCUGUUUCAGGGGACAAUGGAGUGCACCCCUGGGGGUGAAGUCAAACCGCGACAGAAUCGCAGCGCCUGCUGUAGCUACAGAGACCAGGAACUCCUAGCUGCUCCUUCCCACGUGGUUUUUGAUGCAUCAGCAGCACCAAAGUGAGCCCUGGCAGCUAAAAGAUAAUAGAGAAGACUCCAGGUGGAUCUCCCUUGGGGAAAGAAUUGCAGUUGGGUCUUAGUUAUAGAAGAAAAAAAAUCCCUUCCCCUGUAGGGCAGUGGAAGCUGGAGAUCCAAUGAAGAUCUCAGUUGCUGAGAUCAGUUACUACAGCUGGUCAUUCAGAUUGUCUGAUCCCAGAUUGUUUAGGGAUUGAUGAGGCAGAAGCAGCACUAGUUUUAAUUGUGCUCACCAGCAAGCUUUGAGUCUGUGACAGUUCUUAAGAAUUGCUGCAAAAUUCAUACAUUGCUGAGCCUCUGGCUGGCUGUUGUGUUCUGAAUCAGUUGAAGUUUCCCAAAGCAACUGUGUGUAUGUAAACUGUUGUAGUAAUCAAGGCUGGAUGUUUCUAGAGAAUCUGGGUCUUGCCUCAAGCAGGACCCUUCUAUUCAGAAGGCUGCACUGGUUCUUGAGCACUGCGAGUGAGCUGGGUAGCCAUUUUUUAAGCGUAUUCUCUCUUUUUUUGGAAUACAUUUUUAUUAAUUUUAACAUACAAAUUAUAAAACGUACCACACAAAUUACUACAAAUACACUUUUUGGGGGACUUCCAUCAGCACCUCUGAUGAUCUUCCGUCUUAACCUCUUUUUAUGCAUUACUUAAUUUUAUGUUGUCUUUACCUCUCUUAACUUAUCAUCUCCCUUUUUCCAUUUUUACAAUAUUUCCAACAAUACUCCUCACAGAACUUCUUGCAAACCUACAAACGUCGUCUGAUCAUCACAAAUACUUUUCAUAUAGUUCAUAAAUUUACUCCAGUCUUCGGUAAAUUUCUGGUCCCGCAGGUUUCGAAUCCUUCCUGCUAAUUUGUCUUUUUAAGGGUAUUCUUAGAGCAUCAUUUCCCAAAAUGACAUUAGAUGUCUCCAUGUUUCAGGUGAGCGAAAGGCCCAUCAUGUUCUUGCUGGAUACUCCUGGAGUGCUGUCUCCCCAGAUUGGGUGUGUGGAAACAGGAUUGAAGUUAGCGCUCUGCGGUAAGAGGACUCGGUGCAUAUAUGCUACUUAUGGGGUCUGGGUAGGAGAGGCAAUUUUAUUUUAUUUUCAUAAAAUUGAUACGCACCGCUUUUGUAAAACAGCAACUCAAAAGGAUUAACAAGAAGAAUUCUUGACCUUGCUCCAAUGCCCCAGGCAGGGGAUGGAAAUAGCCACAUAGGAUCCAUUGCCAGGGAACCAGAAAAGUCAACUUUUUUCUUAAAGUCUGAAAUGGGAGCAAAAUUAAUAUAUUUCAAUCUUUUGGGGUGAUGAGUGAAAUAUUUUUUGAAAGAGUUAUGUUAAAAUGUUAUAAUUCAGGCUGCUAUAACUUUUCUAGCCGACAGACUAAAAAAGAAAUCAUAUUUGUGAUAAUAGCAUUGCUACUUUUGUUUGACUCCACUACUGAACAAAGCAAUGCACUUUGGCCCAGAUUCCACUAAGGAAUUGCACUGGUGGAAGCCAGCAGAAGUCAUGCUAGCACAAUACGGCUUCCUCCACUCUCAUCCCAUGUCCCCCAAUAGUUCUGGGGGUUCAGGAGACUCCCUCUAGAACAGCGCAUAGGGGGAGAAGAGGGUAGGUUGUUCAAUAAGGCAAGCAGAAUUGCUUGCGCUGACAAAGUGACCAUAAUACUGUGAUGUUGAAUUCCUUGCUUUAUGCUUGAUGUUGCAAACGUACUUUUAAAAUUUGCAGAAUACAGAGCAUUCUUAGGCUUUUGAUCCCAUCUGGGAAUCUGCUGCUACAGCAUAAUAGCAAGGCACACCCUCCAUCAUUCCACAUUGUUCUGUGAACCACCCUGAGACCACGAGAUAUAGAACGGUAUAGAAAUUCAAAUAAUAAAACAACAACGACAAACCUGCAGCUGUGAGGCUUGCUCACAAGUCCAGGGCUGGCUCUUUAAACCAUCUUCCUGUAUUAGUUCCUCGCCUAUGGCUCUGCAUAUUGCCCUGUGUAUCCUGACCCAUGAGGGACGCAGGUGGCGCUGUGGAUUAAACCACAGAGUCUAUGACUUGCCAAUCAGAAGGUCAGCAGUUUGAAUCCCUGUGAUGGGGUGAGCUCCUGUUGCUCAGUCCCAGCUCCUGCCAACCCAGCAGUUCAAAAGCACGUCCAAGUGCAAGUAGAUACGGAGCGGGAAGGUAAACGGCGUUUCCGUGCGCUGCUCUGGUUCGCCAGAAGCGGCUUAGUCAUGCUGGCCACAUGACCCGGAAGCUGUAUGCCGGCUCCCUCGGCCAAUAAAGUGAGAUGAGUGCCACAACCCCAGAGUUGGUCACAACUGGACCUAAUGGUCAGGGGUCCCUUUACCUUUACUUAUCCUGACCCAUACUAACUAAAAUGAAGCUUGAAAGGCAGUAGGGGCAAGCAGGGAUCACGUGCUAACUUAAACCUCUUUGGAGUCCUGGUUUCUGCAUUGCUUGGCGCCCCAGCCCAACCAGGAUUUGGGGGUGUGCUGGAUCUUGCCCAAAUGAACAUCUGGCUCAGCUUGGGCACUUAUUGACCAUAUCUCCAGCUGCUCAUUCGCCGUAGGGUGAUGCUUGGUGGGUAUAGAUCGGCCCAACUCUGCCACAAAUCCCUCUGGCCAUUUUUCACCCAGGAGCGAUCAAGGAUCACCUGGUGGGUGAGGAUGUCAUUGCCGAUUACCUUCUUUACACACUGAACCAGCGGCAGCAAUUCAGGUGAGACAAUCCCUUAAAUUCCAGGUUGGGGUUGGAAACACUGGAUAUGGGAGUCUCCUGGUUUUCUUGUUUUUUAAAAAAGAAACCUCUCCUUUUGUUCCUUGACCAUGCAGUUACGUAGAACGUUAUGGGCUGGAUGGUCCUUCGGAUAACGUGGAGAGUGUACUUAAGAGCAUCGCUCUGAGCCUGGACAAGACUCAAAAAAUCAAAGUACUGACUGGCACAGGUGAGCCCCGUCCUCCUCUCCCUGCCACCAGCUGUUUAGGCUGUGUUAAGGUGUCCGCCUGGAAAUUUUGCAAAUUGGGGUGGAAAGAGUUCAGGCUAGAGGUAAAGCACAUGUAGAGAAGCACCCAGGGUCCCCUGUGUCCGCUGGCAUUUCCUGAUGUCCUGUACCUCGGAAGGCGAGGUUUGGUGAUCGCCUUUGUGUGCUGCUGCUGUUGCUCCCGACAUAGUGACGAUGGGUGUGGCGUUUGCCUCCUAGGUGGGUCAUAAGGGUUAAAAUGAGUGUGAUAUGAUUGGCCAGUGGAAACUGAUAGGAGGAGUUAGGGUUAGAGGGGGAGUUGUGUGAAAGUCAGUUGAGAGUUGAAGGAGGAGGAGGGAGGUUAAGUCUGGGUUGGUUGAGUUGUGUGGUGAGAGAGUGAGAGGAAUUGUUGGGUGGAGUCAGAUAGAUAGUUGGAAUAAUCAGUUUGAAGUUGUUAGGAACGCAUAGGACAGACAGUUAGGGAGCUAAGUUUAAGAAACUACCGAGGAAAAUUAACAGAAACCAUAAGCUUGUUCAUGCCUAUAAAUAAACUUGAUUAUUUGUUAAUGUUAACAACUGCCUGGACUCCGUUAUUACCCAUGAGGAGAAACGGGUUGGUGGCAAAGAAGAAAGCAAUCACAGUGGUGGCACAGGGUCAAUAGACUGUCAAACGUCUGGGGGCCCUGUGUAAUCGCCACAAUGGGCACAGACAGUUCUGUAAUUCGGUCUUCUCCAUCCUUUUGCCCGGCAGGAAAUGUGACCGUGAAGGCACCAAACUACAACGCAGCAGCGUCCGAGUUUAUCCACACUUUCCGCAAGGGACUCCUGGGGAAAGUCAUGCUUGACUAAGGGCAGCAGUUUCCUAGGCGGUGCUGAAGUUUUCUCCUGGGUCAUUCUGGAGGAUUCUACCUGGAACAACAGUGUGCCGUCCUUAAGUCUGGAGCCACUGGCAGGUUGAUCUCCUUUGUGGAUGCAGUUGCAGAGCCCUGAGAUGAGGAUGGAGCAGGCAGCAGUGGCCGUAACUGGCUACGUUUCUCCCUCUUUUCUGUACGUCUUCCCUCACUGCCCCACCUGCCGUUCCUUCUCCAGGUUGCAGCAGUCGGACGAGUUUUUUAUUUUGAGAGAGAGGAAAGGCUUUCUUCAGCAGCUGAAGCACAGUGAUUGAAAGGAACCUUUUACAGGUUGCGGUGUCUGUGCGAAGUUUGUCAGCAAGUUGCCCAUGCAAUAAGCUAACUGAUGACCCUGAGUACCCUUGGGAUUAUUACUUCCGGGGGGCUUUUCACUGCUGCUUGCUGCUUUCCCUGUGCCAGUAUGGGGCAGGCAAUGAUUCUCAGCUUGUCUCUGCUUUCUAAGCAAUAACACGAGAAUGCUGCCAUUCCACUUUUUUUAAAAAAAGUGAUGUAGAUUAUGUUGAUUUUUAACUUGUUUGAACUAUGUAUGUCAGCUGUCUCCGAAUGGUGGCUAACAGUGGUUUUAGUAAAUGAUUUUUAAAGAAAUAGUUCCAGUUCAAAGGAGUUAUUUCUGCCUCCUGCUGCCUUACUCUUGGCGAGGACUGCACCUCGUCUUUGUUGCCUCCUGCCUGCUCUUAGAAUAUAUUAUUAAUAUGUGAUUUGGCCAUGUCUUGGGGCAGAUCUGUUGUACAAAGUUGAUCUGAUGCAAAGGGACAUUUUACUCAGGCUGGAAAAAUUGGACAUAAUUCGGGAGUGACUGAGCUGGUUAACUUCUUCCCUUUAGAGUGGUCUGGGCUGUUGAUUUGUUUUGCUGUCUCCAGCUUCUUUGCUCUUCUGCUCUCGUCCUUCUUGCUGGAAUUUUGUUGACUUCUCCGCUUUAUUAGGGGCCGAUGUGGAUGAGAAAGGAAUCUCAACUAUUUAUUCCCCCAGUCUAGCAUGCCAGGAUUUUCCAUUGUAAUGGCUGGGGGCUGCCCUGAUGGCACAUACUGUCGAAAUAAGAUGGAAGCAUUCAAAAGCAACGCUUGGGAAACAGUAGCGUUGGGGCAGACGGGAGGAGAUGUUUUAAGGACCUAGCAGUUCACCUGUGAGGCAACAUGAGGAUUGCUUCCUCGUUGGAUUUAAUAGAAGAGCAGUCAAGAGUUGAAACUAAAUUUUGAAGAUGCUCAGGUAGUGAAAAACUGACCUUAUCUAACAGUUUUUAUAUCAAAUGUCUGAGACAUUUAUCAGUGCAUUUAUCAGGCCUGGAUCCUGGUAUUGCCCCCCUAAUGUAUUUCACUGUAUUUAGAAUAAAUUAUGCAGGUGUACAGGUAAUCUGACAAAUAACACGGUAAAUUGUCCGAAUUAUUCUCGUCGUCUGCAGUGCUCUGUGAUUUGCUUCGUUGCUGUAAAAAUAACUACACAACUCGUUGCUCUUAAAAUACAAGAUUUCAAAACGAA